CCCGGAUACACACACUAUGACACACCUGGACACAUACACUACAAUGACACAGCCAGAGACACAGACCAGGUGGAGGUGUUGGACUCGUCUCUGUUCCAGUACAGCUCUGAGGUUGAAAAGCUCUUACCGUCUACAGACCAGCACCCCACCACGGGCCAGGUAGUCUGUCUCUCUAAGAUUCCGUCUGGCUCUCAGAUUCCAUGUGGCACUCUUAAGAUUAUGUCAGGCUCCCUAAGAUUCUGUUUGGCUCGCCAAUGUUCCACCUGGCUCUCUAAGGUUCUGAUUAUAACUGUGAUGAUGUGUGUGUUGCAGGAGUUGGUGAUGGAGCAGUCAGAGAAGAUAGAAACACUUCCUAAUGUGCCCACACACACCUCUAUCACACACACUUCUAUCACACACACUCUGCCCCCUGAGCACACACACACUGAGGAGCCUCCAACAUGGGGCAGAGCCCAGCAGGAGGCUGAGGCUGAGAGGAGGCGCGGAAGUCCACCUGUCGAUGAGGAACACACUGAUGACCUCACUGCUUUGGGAGCCAAUGGAAGUGCUUACUUGGGCUCUGUGGGAGGCAAUGAGAGUGCUUACCUGGGCCAUGUGGGAGGGGAGAGGGAGGACAUGACAGAGCCCUGGGCCCUGAGUAGACCUGCACCCCUUACAUCAGCCCAGGAGACCCUCAACACCCCACACACUACUCUAGAGGGAGACAGAAUGAUGGAGAGAGAGAACACAAUAGGGAGUGUGAUGGAGAGAGAGAGGACAUUGGAGCCAGUCUCUAUGAUGGAGAGAGAGAGGACAUUGGAGCCAGUCUCUAUGAUGGAGAGAGAGAGGACAUUAGAGCCAGUCUCUAUGAUGGAGAGAGAGGACAUUGGAGCCAGUCUCUAUGAUGGAGAGAGAGACAACGAUGCGCAGCCUGGUGGACCUGCAGAGGAAGGUGGAGCAGAAACAACAGAGAGACAGAGAGAGACAAUUACUGAGGGUGAGACAACUACUGAGAGUGAGUGGAGGGGAUCAAGAGACAGAAGAGAGAGAGAAGGGAUAGAAUAGACAGGGAGAACUACUGAGGGUAUAUGUGUGAGAGCUAGCGAGAGAGAUAUGUACUGAGGGUGGGUUUUAGGAAGAAAGGCACAGCACAAAGAAAAAAAUAUUAUAAAGAGAAAUGUCACUGAGGCAUGUGACUACUUCCUGUGUAUCAGGUCCAGGAGCGGCUGACAAUCAUGCAGAACAAGAAGUCCCAGGAAGACCUGAUGGGCCUCAGACAGACUGACAGACUCAGACACCUCACACAUAACCUGCCCCAGGUGACAAACACACACAACCACAUGUAAUAUACCCCGUUGUCAGGCAUUGGAGGGGGUGUGUGAUUCUGGGCUGUGUGUUUCUGUCAGGCGGAUAAGAGCCAGCAGAAGACAGUGGUCAGAGAGAGACUGGAGCAGCUGAGGAGAGAGCGCUCCUAUGUCAUGCAGUCCAAACGAGACAGGUAACACACACAAGUAAUACGUAAGAGAUACAGGUAACAAACCAGACUGGUGUCAAGUUCCACCUUUCACUCGUUCUUUAUUCUCCCUCCUUCCCUUUUCCUCUCCCUCCUCCCAGGAAUACAGCAGGCUUCAAGGAGCUGCUGGGUCCAGUUGGACUCCACAGUGCAGAGACAGACGACACUGCUGACUCACUCAGGCUAGCCACCAACGCAAGC